AAUUGGCUUUUGGGUUCUUGCGGAUCCUAAUGGGGGCAGUGAAGGAGAAGAGCAUAUUCGGGGAAUUAUGGCUGAAGCAAGGAAAGUUGCAGAAUUGUGUGAGGAGCCUAAAGAAAGAGAUGAUAUCCUUCGUUCCUUGGGGGAAAUCUCUGCUUUGACAGCUAAGCUGUCAGAUCUGCGGCGACAUGGGAAAGGUGACUCUCCUGAGGCCCGUGCAUUGGCUAAGCAAAUUGCUACAUCACUUCAGAAUUUACAGUCCAAAACAAACAGGGCUGUAGCAAAUACUAGGCCAGUUAAAGCAGCUGUCCAUUUGGAGGGCAAGAUUGAGCAAGCUCAAAGGUGGAUAGACAAUCCUACCGUGGCUGAUCGGGGAGUAGGCCAGGCAGCAAUUCGGGGUCUGGUUGCAGAAGGUCGCCGUUUAGCCAAUGUCAUGAUGGGACCUUAUCGUCAAGACCUGCUUGCUAAAUGUGACCGUGUAGACCAGCUGGCUGCUCAGCUAGCUGACCUUGCAGCAAGAGGGGAGGGAGAAUCUCCUCAGGCCCGGGCAAUUGCUGCUCAGCUUCAGGACUCACUGAAGGAUCUUAAAACACGGAUGCAAGAGGCAAUGACCCAAGAGGUUUCUGAUGUUUUUAGUGACACAACAACUCCUAUUAAAUUGUUAGCAGUAGCAGCCACUGCUCCUUCUGAUGCUCCCAAUAGAGAUGAGGUAUUUGAUGAAAGAGCAGCAAACUUUGAAAACCAUGCUGCUAGGCUGGGAGCUACAGCAGAAAAAGCAGCUGCAGUUGGAACUGCAAAUAAAACUACUGUGGAGGGCAUUCAAGCAACAGUGAAAUCAGCCAGGGAACUUACCCCACAGGUAGUAUCAGCUGCUCGUAUCCUCCUGAGAAAUCCUGGAAAUCAAGCUGCUUAUGAACAUUUUGAGACCAUGAAAAACCAAUGGAUUGAUAAUGUAGAAAAAAUGACAGGGUUGGUGGAUGAAGCCAUUGAUACUAAAUCUCUGUUGGAUGCAUCAGAAGAGGCUAUUAAGAAAGAUCUUGAUAAAUGUAAAGUUGCGAUGGCCAAUAUUCAACCUCAGAUGCUGGUAGCUGGUGCCACCAGCAUUGCUAGACGAGCAAACCGCAUCCUACUGGUAGCAAAACGGGAGGUUGAAAAUUCAGAAGACCCUAAAUUCCGUGAGGCUGUUAAAGUAGCCUCUGAUGAGCUAAGCAAAACUAUAUCGCCAAUGGUAAUGGAUGCUAAAGCUGUGGCAGGAAAUAUUUCUGAUCCUGGUUUGCAGAAGAGUUUCUUGGAUUCUGGAUACAGAAUUCUGGGAGCUGUGGCCAAAGUCAGAGAAGCCUUCCAGCCUCAGGAACCAGAUUUUCCCCCUCCUCCUCCUGACCUUGAGCAGCUUCAUCUGACUGAUGAGCUUGCUCCUCCAAAACCACCGCUUCCAGAAGGUGAGGUUCCCCCACCCAGACCACCACCACCUGAAGAAAAGGAUGAAGAGUUCCCAGAGCAGAAAGCAGGAGAAGCUAUUAAUCAGCCCAUGAUGAUGGCUGCUAGGCAGUUGCAUGAUGAAGCCCGGAAAUGGUCUAGCAAGGGUAACGACAUCAUUGCUGCUGCUAAACGAAUGGCGCUGCUAAUGGCAGAGAUGUCGCGCCUGGUGAGAGGAGGUAGCGGAAACAAGCGUGCCCUUAUUCAGUGUGCCAAGGAUAUUGCUAAAGCAUCAGAUGAAGUCACUCGAUUGGCCAAAGAGGUGGCAAAGCAGUGCACUGACAAGCGCAUUAGAACAAACCUCUUGCAGGUCUGUGAGCGAAUCCCAACCAUCAGCACACAACUCAAAAUUCUUUCCACUGUCAAAGCUACCAUGCUGGGCAGAACUAAUAUCAGCGAUGAAGAGUCGGAACAG